AUGUCCGAUUAUCCUCCCGACUAUCCUCAGCAGAUCUCCGACGGUCAUCAUCCGUGGAAUACAUUGUUCGACAACCCCGACCCUUUUGCGGGACUGGGAAUGGGAGACUACCACGAGCAGCCGGAGCAGCUGCAAGCGCUCGAGCCGCAGGGCCAGCUGCGUCCGCAGCAGGAGCAGCAGCAGCAGCAGUACGCGCAAUACCAGUUCCAGCCGCUGCAGCAUCUUCAUCCCCAGCAGCCCCAUCCUCAGCAGCCCCAUCCUCAGCAGCCCCAUCCUCAGCUUCAGCAUCGUCUGCUAUCACUUCAGACAGACCAGAAGCCACUUCUCCCGCCGUUCGAAGAACCGCCGGCGGGGCGUGCCACCAUAGCACCGGUGCCCAUCCCGCGCAACCCAAGCACACCGCACCCGCUGUCCUGCCCCAACACCCCACCCACCGACACCACCACGGCUCCCUCAGCGCCGAACGGGCCGCUGUCAAAGCCCGUCGUGCUCCCCCCACGGGCGAAGCCGGGGCGGCGACCAAUGCCCGACAGCAGCGCCACGGACCGACGACGUCUGCAGAACCGCGUGGCGCAGCGCAACCACCGCGACAAACGGCAGCAAAAGGUCGCAGACCUCGAAGCCCACCUCCACGAGAAGAAGCAGCAGCACAAUGACACCCUCUCGGAGCUUUUGCGAGAGAGGGAGAACGAGAGGUUUCGGCACCGGGAGGCACUGGAUGCGGCGACCGCGCGGGCCACGAAGCUCGAGUCCCAGCUGCUCAAGGCGCAACAGGAGAUCCACCACCUGCGUGGCCGACUCGAUUCCGGCGCCACUGAUGCCGCCCCCUCUAACCCGCUGAAUCCCUCAGCCACGCUCUCCUUUCCUUAUCAGCAGACCGCAAGUUCCAUCCCAGCCUUUAGAGCUUACUCCGCGCGUUCCACCCAACAGGGCCCUUACAGUGGACUUGCAGGAAUGACGCCCCCAGAAGACACCGACGCCGACGCCACCGAGAUCGACUUCACCACCUACCGUGCCCCCCGCAAAGACACUAACGCCCCCAGCGCCGCCCGCCCCUCCCUCCCCGCGCCCGAGGACAGCCACGAAUCGUCCUACACCAUCAACGAAGCCUCCGAGCACUGCGGCUUCUGCACCGACAGCGGCAACUGCGCCUGCGCCCUCGACUCUCUCAACUCCAACACCACAGCCCCCGCCACAGCAGUCAAGCCUCAACCGCCCGCAAUCCAACCCGGCAGCUGCGACUCGUGCAUGAACGACCCAGCCCGCCAAGCCGCAUGCCGCGCCAUCGCCUCACAAGCAACACCCCAACCCGCACAAAACGGCACAGCACCACCCCCACCGUCGCAAACAACGGGCAUGAUCCACUGCUCACAGUUCAUGGACAACGUGCAGCUGACGCGGCCGCGCCAAUCUUUGCCGUCGAUUGUCGAGAUGUUGCAGGGCAGUGUGACGGCUUACGGGUCCACGACUACCGGGUUUCAGGUUUCGGAGCGCGAGGCGGCGGAGGCUUUGAGUGCGCUUGCGAGUCAUACGGGUGCCGUCAAGUUAAGGCCGAUGCGGCAUCGUGAGCCGCGGGUGAAGGAGGAUCGGGAGAUGGAGGUGGAUCGUGUGAUGCUUUAG